GGGUUGAAGCGGCAGUACCGCGCGGCGUUGCAGCCAAAUGAAUCUCAGUCCAGCGUUGGUCGCCGGCGAGGCCGCAUCUGACAAAGCACCCCCUCCCCUCCCCUGUCGGGAGCGAGAGAGAGAGAGUAAUAGAGUAGCCCUAUACAACCCCGAGAUUCGAAAAAGGGCCAGUCUCCGCGUUAACCACGCGUUUACUCUCGCGUAACGGGACGAGAGAGAGAGAGAGAGAGAGAGAGAAAGAAGAGAAAUCGGAGGGAUGUUCUCGCGAUCCUGGCGAUCGCGCGCGUUCCAAGAUCCACAUUACCGAGGGUGAACCCUGUCGUUCACCCUGACCCGAUGCUGCGAGCGUACGCGGGAAGCUCGACGAGCGGAACGAAUCCAUGAGCGGACUGCGGAUGCGUCCCUGAGCCUGUUUUGUACGUACACGCAUAUACAUACGCACACGCAUACACACACGCAUACAUAACAUACAUACAUACAUACAUACAUAGUAGAGAUCCGCGGAAGUCAGCUUUGUCCCUGUGAUAACGCAAUUGCUGGUGCCAAGAUCGAGGCUAAAAUCGUGCGUGAUCAACUACAACGUUCUCGGUGACAAUCGCGAGAUCGAGGAAAGAGGGCGAGACCAAAUCGCCAAAGAGAUGUCCGCGCUGCCCGACGAUGCCGCGUUGUGGUGCGGACCACCCUCUGGACCAUAGUGCGCACGGAUCGUGUCGUCCGGUACGGGACAGCAGCGGACUACCACCGCGCCGGAAGCGUGGAUCACGUGCCCCCGACGGAGUACCCAGGACGAUGCAUCCGGCAAGCCCGGUGCAGACGCGACCGGGCGAGCCUUGAGGACGAGCCAGGUCCGCGUUCUCGCCCGACGAAAUUCGGCAGCCACGUGCGAGAAGAAGGAGGAGGACGCGCGGCGGUGUGGCGGUUGCGACGGCGACAACGGUGGCGGAGAAGGAGGUGGAGAGGAAAUCGCCAACGUGGAGGUGGUGUUGUUCCAAGUGGUGGUCCUCGAGGAAGGAGGAGUAGCAGCCUCGCUAGCAGCCUGGCUACUCAUCCGCGAUUAAACAUGAGACGCUCGUGGACGCUCGUCGCGGCGAUAGCCCUGGCGGCAUCCGGGCUGGUAAGUGGCGGUUUACACGAGAAGCGGCUGCUGAACGAUCUGCUGGACUCGUACAAUGUGCUGGAGCGGCCGGUGGGCAACGAGUCCGAUCCCCUUCCGCUGAGCUUCGGCCUCACGCUCAUGCAAAUAAUUGACGUCGACGAGAAGAAUCAGUUGCUCAUCACGAAUCUUUGGUUGAAACUGGAAUGGAACGACGUGAAUAUGAGAUGGAAUGUCUCGGACUAUGGAGGAGUGCGAGAUCUCAGAAUCCCGCCGCAUCGGUUAUGGAAACCUGAUGUCCUUAUGUAUAACAGCGCCGACGAGGGUUUCGAUGGCACUUACCCAACGAAUGUCGUCGUAAAGAACAAUGGGACCUGUUUGUACGUGCCACCCGGUAUAUUCAAGAGCACUUGCAAGAUAGACAUUACCUGGUUUCCCUUUGAUGAUCAGCGCUGCGAGAUGAAAUUCGGCUCCUGGACGUACGACGGCUUUCAGUUGGAUCUGCAGCUGCAGGACGAGGCCGGGGGUGACAUCAGCAGUUUCAUCACUAACGGCGAGUGGGAUCUGUUGGGGGUACCUGGUAAAAGGAAUGAAAUCUACUACAAUUGCUGCCCGGAACCGUACAUAGACAUCACUUUCGUCGUCAUCAUCAGAAGACGCACACUCUACUACUUUUUCAACCUGAUCGUGCCGUGCGUUCUAAUUGCCAGCAUGGCCGUUCUCGGGUUUACCCUGCCGCCCGAUUCCGGCGAGAAACUCUCCCUCGGAGUAACCAUCCUCUUGUCCCUCACUGUGUUCCUGAAUAUGGUUGCCGAGACAAUGCCGGCGACGUCUGACGCUGUGCCGCUUUUAGGAACGUACUUCAAUUGCAUCAUGUUUAUGGUAGCCAGCAGUGUAGUCAGCACGAUUCUCAUCUUGAACUAUCAUCAUCGGAAUGCUGACUCCCAUGAAAUGUCUGAAUGGAUUAAGGUAGUUUUCCUGUACUGGCUACCCUGUAUACUCCGUAUGUCGAGGCCAGUGCCAGAUGAAGAAAAGGAAGUACAAAAAUCUCAGAAGCCAUCUCCGGUUACGGGUACGAGCAAGUCAUAUGGCGAUCUGGAGCUCCACCAGAGGAGUAGCAAGUCCCUCUUGGCGAACGUCCUGGACCUGGAUGACAACGCGUUGGCGUCUCACAAUAAUCUGCUAAACAACGUAUACAGCACGCCCGGGCCGCAUCACGCGCACGCGAUGGGUCACGGCCAUAGUCACAUACACUCGACGCCUCAUCAUCAUCACAGCCACGCACCCACGACGCCGCACCAUCAGCACGCGACGCCGCUGCCGCAUUCAUCGUAUCCCGGCCACCAGAUCUCGCAUACGCCGCACCAUCAUCCACAUCCGCAAGACGCGUCAGGGCCGCAGGUCGAAACAAUACUCCAGAACGCGUGCUUCUGCGCUCGUUACGAGCUUGUGCUAAUCCUGAAGGAGAUUAAGAUAAUAACGAACCAGCUAAAGGCCGAGGAUGAGAACACGAAGAUCACGAACGAUUGGAAGUUCGCGGCGAUGGUGAUCGAUAGGAUGUGCCUAAUCAUUUUUACUCUGUUCACCAUCAUCGCUACCAUCACCGUCCUGCUAUCGGCGCCGCACAUUAUCGUCACGUGAUUCAGAAAAGCCAGUCUGUCGCCGGUGGUUCCGGGGCUGACGAGGAUCUCGCCGACGGGCAUCUUCGCGCCAGCGAAGCACCCGCCCUUCCCGUUAACCGGAUUCUGCCGGGUCGGGCACGAGGGUGCUCGCCUUCGGGUUCGCAUGCCGCUUCGUUUCGGAGACUUGCGCGUUAGGAAGAAAGCAAUACGGGGAGUAACUUCGUUUCUUUAUGAUAUAUAUAAUAAUACCAGUAAAAAUGAAAAUAAUAACGCUAUCGAUAAUGAGAAUAACGAUAAUAGUAUUAAUAAUAAUUACGUAAUAGUUACGGUAAAAAACUUUAUCGUAUAAUUAUCCCACGAGGACGCCUUAGCGAAACACGUUGACACACCGUUUUCAAGACAGCGCGAGCUCGCGCGCGCAAGAGCGAAGGGACACGUUUACACGGGAACACGCGGAAGAAACGAGACACGUACAUUGGUUUCUUUACACGCAUCCCUGAGAGCAGUCGAGCAAGGUGGCCGAGCGCUUUGUAUAGCUGAAAUGGUACAUUUUUGCGAACGAGAGUGCUGAACGAUUAGUUUUAUAAGAAAUUCAAUUACGUUUGCACCGAGGUAGAAGCGUGAAUCGGUCGAAUCGAGACGAGUCUGUCCUCCGCGACUACUACUUAGGGAUGUACCACACAUAUACAUAAAAUAUACAUACAUAUAUGCACGUAACGUCAUAUACGAGCGACUUUACGCAUGGAAGCGUGAUUUGCCAAUGAGUUAAAAAUACUCGGACGCAGCCCAAGGUUGAUACGAUGUAGAAAUCUCCGAAUGCACGCGCGAGGAUCGGUAUUGCUAGGAUUAAGAGACUCUUGAUUAGCGGAUGUAACAGUUUCAAUCAAUUUCGUGAUGUUUCUACGAAUCACUACGUAAAGACUUGAAUUCGAGUAUCUCGAAAAACUUUGAAAAACUUUGAAAUAUAAAUACUAAAUGAUAUAAACAAUUGUAUAAAAUGAGAGGUAUAUCAAUGAUAGUAUGCUCAAAAAUUGAUAUAAAGUCAAAGUUUUCGAAUAAUUUGAGUUUUUGAAAUUCUCGAAAAUAUGAUACGUAAACAGCGGAGAAAAAUUCGGGGAUUACUAUAUGCAAAUUGACAUUGGUUCUCGUUUACGACGAGAUGCGAAGAGAAUUAAGAGAGAUCCAGGCGAGACGAUCAUUAAUUAAUUUGAGCCGUAUAAAACUAAAUGACGAAAAGAAAGGAUGACGAUGAAAAAAAAAAAAAAAAGGAAAACAAGGAGAAGGAGAAAAGGAAAUUGGGCUUUAGAGGUAAAACGCACACGCAUACACUCUCAGAAUACACAUGAUGAACUGCCAAGGUGAUUCAAAUAAUGCCAGUGAAUUUUCUUAUCCGUAUCAUUAGUAUAUAAAAAUCGACGACGACUUAAUAAACGGGGGAUUUGUACUACGAUUUAAAAGCGGCGGUCAUAUAACAUAAAUACUCUCAUUCUCUCGGGAAGAGAGAAGAGAGGAGAAAGAAAAAAUAUCCGAAGGACACAGAUGUGGAAGGAUGCAGAAAGCGGACGCGAGAGAAAAAUGCGAAGGACGAUUGUAACUGUUUGAUAACUUCCGCUCGAACUGAUUUCGAACGCGACGCACUUUUUUUCCUUGGUGUCCGCGAACGCGUGCGAAUUGCUUGUAUUAUCGAUCUACAUUCUCGUCGCACAUUUAGCGUUGAAUAUCUGGCUCUACUUAUCUUGGAUCAAAAAAUUUCACACCAAUUUUCCAUGUGUACUGAAUAAAUUUGUAUCUAACAUUAAACACGGUCUUAUAUCUAUGCUUUCGAGAAUCAAACAACUGUCGAAUUGUUUGACAAAUUGUCAUCAAGUUCUAAAUUUGAAAAAUAGCAAGACUUCAUUUAUCGUUAAAUGUGCAUGGAGCAAAUAGAUCAUUAACUCGGAUUACAAGUAGAAAAAACGUGAGUUUACGCGGACACACACGCUUUCUGGUACACAGCAAGUAGUAGAAACGAUCGUGUACCUUUUUGUCUGACAUGCAUCAAUCUUUCUCCUUCCUAUAAGAAUUCCAUUAUCCGGAUCAUUAUCGCGCAACAUUGUACCUUCUUUCUAACAUCGAAAAACCAUUUAAGAAUGCAAAAAAGUUAAUAGUGGAAUUCUUACUUCUCUUAUAUCAGAGAGAAGAAAUGCGAUUUCGAACAUCCCUCGUUUUGUUACCGCAUUUUCAGGAAGAUCACUCCGCUGAUAUAAACAUUGAGUAUCGUGCGAUCGCAAAGAUUGGAAAAUCGUUCUACACAGGAUAUCAAUAUCGCAAACGUUCAAGAUUAUCGAUCGAUGCAUUGUGAUUCGCGAUAAAUAUUUCUUUCAUCCCCGCAAGGGACGACAGAGAAACAUGAUUUUACUCUUAAGUGCAUUAAAAAAAAAAAUUAGCACGCGUCACGUUCUGUAUUAAUUCACGUGCUCUCGAUAGUUAUCGGCAGAAAAUCGCAGAAACGACGAAGUCGAUUAGUCACGCUAGGAAGAGGAAAACGCAACGUGGGAUGGCGACCGAUAAAGAAAGGAAGUUGCUCACGGACAGACACGUAGGCGAAUGCCGGUCUCGACGAGACACCGGGGAGACGAACUCAAGUCGUAUUGUACAUUUUUCAGCUAUCGGCACUGGAUACGCGACAACCAAUCACGUUAUCUUUUAAAUAUGUACUAUUAAAGGUUAUUAAGGUGUAAUGAACCGUUGUUGAUCAUGUUGCGUUGCGGGCAGGAUUACGCGUAUAUAGAAGUACGAUAGAAACUAUAAAACGGUGUGUUUUGAUCUCUAGCGCGCGAACGAUUAAAAAAAAAUAAAAGAUAUAAAGAAAAUAACGUCGAACUUGUAUUAAACUCGUAAGGGAGGUAGAGAGUACAUUACAUUACAUUACAUUAGAGAGAGAGAGAGAGAGAGAGAGAGAGAGAGAGAGAGAGAGAGAGAGAGAGAGAGAGAGAGAGAGAGAGAGAGAGAGAGAGAGAAGAGUGUGGUUAAUCAGUUAUAAGUUUAUCACUAUAAUCACUAGUUAACAAGAAAUCAAAGAAAUAAUUCGCCAAAAAAAAGAUGCAUAUAGAGAGUUCGAGACAUCGAUACAUGCAUUUUAACGCCGGAAAAGUUAUCCUUUAUGCGAUAGAAAUUAACAUGCGGCUCAAUUUUAGCCUUUUAUUAACUCGAUAAUAUAACAGAAGUUAGAGGAUAAGCUAUACUCAAAUAUAUAUUACAAUUCAAAUAAAAAGACAUUUAUGUUCAAGCUACAAAAUGCCA